AAACUGAGCGACUCAACUGAAAUGUCAAUUUCAGCGACAAACUGGGCGACACACCGAGAAGCCAAAGCCCAACAUUUUUUUGUGUGAAAAAGGCUUCCAAAAACCAAGAAAUCCAGCAAGUCUUCCCUGUUUUUCUAUUCUAAAUUGUCGAGAAACUACCCAAGUGAUAGAGACUAAAAGAUUGAGUGAAAAUUGUUGGUGCGUGUAGUGGAAAAUUGAUAUGUUAUUGGCUGCUGAAAAAUCAACCCCUGUCUUUUUGGUCUAUUUCUGUCUGGGCCCGGUGAUAAAUUCCUAAAAUAGUCUUUUCUCCCACUCCUUCCCUCGGCAUCUAUAGCACUUUGAUCAGUCCGAGUGUCCAGUGAUUGCGAGGGAGUGCCCAAAAGGCAGCUGUGGCAACGGAAAGUUAAUUUAUUCAAAGUUAGUGCUCAUAGAAGUGGGAUUUUCCAAGAGGACUCACGCACAAAGAACACAGAGAACCAUGAUUUCGCCGAAUUCUGUAAAGAACAAAAAUGUGAUAAACACCGUGCUCAACUUCCUUCCGGACAAUCGCCCCAUCACAAAUCUCAUUAUCGUGGAAAAUUGCGAAAAAUGCCCCAAAAAUUUUACACCGAUUCACUUAACCUACGAUCAGGACAGUGAUGCUGAUUUGUGGCGUGAAACAUCUCUCUUUGGCAAACAUCCGGGACGGUACUUGUGUAUGUCAAAGCAAGACACUAGUACAGAUACCGUUGUGGAGACAAUUUCAGUGAUUGGAGCAAAUGAGAGGACACCAGAAGGAUUUACAAAUAUUAAACAAACCACAGACAAUGUCCAGAAAGCGUGGCGCAAAAGGCAGCUCGUAUUUAAAGUAGUGGAGAGGAAAAAUGCUUGUAAAGCAGUUACAGACAUUAUUAUUUGCUCAAAGAGCAAAAAAGCACCAAGUGGAUUCCUCAUUGCUGGGGAAAUAAAUGGAUUAUCGGUAUGCUACAAAGUAGGCCCAGCGUCUCGGCCACUGCCACAGUUGCCGCCGAUGGAGAACAAGGAGAAACUCCUGCCGCCAAUGGAAAAUCUCUCAAUUUCGCACAUUUACGAAAAUACCAGCCCACAGUUACCAUCGAGACCGGCUCCGAAGCCACCAACAACACCCCAGUCGCCAACAAAUAGCCUCUAUGGGACACUCGGUGGAGCAACUUAUGCUGAAAUUGAAGGAGUGCCAUUUGUGAUGAAUCCCAAUCUCAAUCAAAAUGAAAUUCAUGUGCCAGCUUUCAAGCCUGCCAAUAUUUCGAGUACCAUUGAGUAUGAUUUUACUCUGGAGAGGCAGAUUCUGUGUACGACAAAAGCAAUAUCGCUCACGAACAACCCAUUCUUCCACUGAGACUGAAAGUUUUUUUUUUUAGCUCCCUUGGUGCCCCCCUUUUUUAAGGAUUGAAAUCUAAAAUCGCUUAGAGCGUCACAAAAUCGUUAUUAUGCCAUCAUUUUAACUGUCUCUAUUAAAUUUAUAUACUGGGAAUUUAUAUAAAAAAAUAUUGAUAUUUAGAGAAAAAUGAGAAAAAUAAAGUGAAAUAUUUCAUGACGAAAAA